AUGACUCUCGAUUUUAACACGUAUAAAAGACGACAUUUUUACACACAGCUGGCUAAGGCAGUGUCUGCUCGCCUCGUCUUUUUGGUGAUAGCAGCUCCAGACGAAGAAGAUCUCAUCGUGCACGUCUUGGGCGACAAAAGCCUCCCUGCACGCGUCAAAGUUGCCGUCACUACUCCGUGCUUCGAUCGAGCGCUAUCAACGAAACUCCCCACGACAUUGAAGCACCUGAGUCCUCAGCAACAAGAAGACCUCUUUAAAGUCCUCCACCUUCUGCACUCUCCCGCCCACUUGGCGGCGUCUCGACAAGUCUCUAGGACAUUAUCAUCUGGGGCCAGUCCAGUUGAGAAUCCUGUGGGUCGAUCGACGUCAUAUAAAAGCACCGAUAGAACGAAGAAAAGCCGCUCCGACAACGAAGAGGUAUCCCAGAGUUCAACGAGUACAGAGUCACCUUGCUGCCUUCCUGAGAACGACUACAAAAUUAUUCCAUCGUCUCCGACCUCGGUGACCUCCUCUAGCUUAUUAACGAAUCGGGCGGCAAAAGGAUUCGAUGGGGAAUCCUCUGGGACGAUUGGAGCGUCGCCGACACCUGAGGCCUUAAUAUCAGAUAGUGUUUUCCUAUAUCCUUCAGCAAACGAAAUUGACCGCGGUCAAUCGACUCAUUUUAGCGCUACUGACAGCGCUUACACCAGCAACAACUCCUCUGAACAUUACGUUAAACCUGAAACAUUCCUGUGUGUCCCUUUGCCACACCCUGACAAGAAAAAUGUUUUGCCCCAUCACAAAAACGAUGACGACCAAGUGGUUCAAGACAAAGGAUGCUCCUCGACAGCUAUUCUUGCCUGUUUUAUUGAUAAGGUGUCCCGAGAAAAUGCUUACCCAGAUAGUUCUUCCAAGAGUACCAGACUGACUGCAGAUCAAGAGUUUGCAAGAAAACUUGACGUUGGAUUGGCCAACGCUGGCUUGGAUUUUAGAAAUGACCAUGAAGUUGAUUUUACUGAAGCUGACAUUCAAUGCGUUCAUGAGAUCUCCAGGUACGCUCUGCCUCUGCUGCUGACGACGCUGGCAUUUGAGUCAGAAAGACGGCAGCGCAGCCACUGCCAGACCAUGUUGGGAGUCGCCAGAAACCUCUUCGCUAAACUCGGUCUGUAG